AUGGAUUCCAAUUCAUAUACUCCUUGCUCAAACUUUAUUGACCUGCUGAAUAGUCAGCAGGACACUGUCUAUGAAUUGGUUGAUGACAGUGUCGAAGUUUCUUCCUCCCAAUUCUCUGUCUUUAGCAGUCAAGCAACACAAGAUGAGACCCCUGCAGAGCGUAAGGAAAGGAGGUCAUGGACGCCUAUAGAUGACGUAGCUCUCAUCAGCGCUUGGUUAAAUACAAGCAAAGAUCCAGUUGUAGCUAAUGAGCAACGCGCUGGUGCAUUUUGGAAGAGGAUAGCUGCCUACUUCGACGCUGCAAGUAGAGAGAAGAGUAGCAGCCAAAAUGAAACUGAUGUUCUGAAACAUGCGCAUGAGAUCUUCUACAACAACCACAAAAAGAGGUUCACUUUUGAGCAUGCAUGGAAGGAGUUACGAAAUGAUGAGAAAUGGUGUGAACUGUCUAGUGGUAAAACCCAAGGAAAUGCUAAAAGGAGGAAGUGUGAUGAGAGUGCACAAUCAUCUAACUCUCACGCCUUUGAAACCAGCACUGGUGAAGAUGAGAAAGCAACCAUUCGUCCACCGGGUGUUAAGGCAUCAAAGGGCCAUGGUAAGAAAAAGAUGGCAUACCCUGAUAAUCUAUUCCACCGACGAUUUAGAAUGAACAAGCCGUUGUUCAUGAAAAUUGUUGAUCGACUCUCUAAUGAAAUGAAAUUCUUUCAACAAAAACAAGAUGGUCUCGGAAGGCUUAGUCUCUCUACACUUCAAAAAUGUACAGCAGCUAUUCGUGUCUUGGCAUAUGGUCAUGCGGCAGAUGCAGUUGACGAAUAUCUCCGGCUCGGUUCAACUACUACACCGUCGUGUUUGGAAAAUUUUGUCGAAGGAAUUAUCAAUUUUUUUCGGCAAUGA